AUGGACCAAACUCUCACAAUCGACGAUAGCAAUGUGACAGCAGAAAAUCUGAGAGACGAGACAAACAUACCUAGUGAAGAAGAAAGAUCAGACAUAUCAACCAAUUCUUUAAAUUUUGAGGAGUGUACCAGCGAGAUAGAGGAUGUAAAGUAUCCUGAGCCCGUGAGCAAACUAAGAAUGCGUGUGAUAAAACCACCCCAGAGAUAUGGUUUCAGUAAUGUAUGCGUAAUUGAGGAUGAAAAUAUAGGUAAUGAAUGUCUUACCUAUGAAAAUGUUAUCAAUGAUACUGAACGAGAAGAGUGGUAUAAAGCAAUGGAAGACGAAUUGCAAUCGUUCCGCGAUAACGACGCAUGGGACUUAGUGGACAAACCUAGUGAUGCGCGUGUUGUGCAGUGUAAAUGGGUCUUUAAAAGGAAGUUAAAUAGUGAUAACACAGUGAGAUAUAGGGCCAGAUUGGUUGCAAAAGGUUAUACACUAAAACAAGGAAUUGACUAUAAGGAAACUUUUUCACCGGUUCUAAGAUACUCUACUUUAAAAUUGUUAUUUGGUAUAAGUGUUAACUUAGACUUAAACAUAACCCGAUUAAAAGGCGAUUUAUGGGUUAAAGCAGUCAGCUAG